AUGGUAUCAUUUUUAUAUUGUUCACUCAAUGACCAUUUAUUCGCAUUAUGGGAAAAGAUUGAAAGAUUUGUAUUAUUUAAUGUCAUAUCAUCAUGUUGUUCAUUUUGUCUAUUGAAAGGAAAAUCGAAUGUUCUUAGUAAAGGAUUAUCUUUUCCAAAUUUCGUUGCUCUGUCACCAUCAUUACGUGCAAAUUCAAUUGACAUUCAUCCAAAUGCUCGAUGGCAACAGAAUGGUACCACUGUAGCUGGAGGAAAUGGAUUAGGCAGUGGACUCAAUCAACUCAAUUACCCACUAGGUUUGUAUGUCGAUGAUGACCAAACUAUUUUUGUCGCUGAUCUCUCAAAUCAUCGUAUUAUGGAAUGGAAAUUGGGUGCAACUAGCGGUAAAGUGGUUGCUGGUGGAAAUGGACAGGGAAACGGAGCUCAUCAGCUAAAUCGUCCCGUCGAUGUAAUUGUUGACAAAGAGAGCGAUAGUCUCAUCAUCUCCGAUAGUGGAAAUGAACGACUAGUUCGAUGGCCUCGUCGUAAUGGUACUAGUGGAGAAACAAUCAUUUCAAACAUCGAUUGCCUUGGUUUGGCAAUAGACGAGAAUGAAUCGUUCUAUGGCGUUGAUAGGAAAAACUACGCAGUAAGACGAUAUCGAAUUGGUGACACUGAAGGAACAAUAGUUGCAGGUGGUAAUGGAAAAGGAAAUCGUCUCGAUCAACUCUCCAGCCCUCAGUUCAUAUUUGUCGAUCGAGAUCAUUCGUUGUACGUGUCUGAUUUAUGGAAUCAUCGUGUCAUCAAAUGGGAAGAAGGUGCAAAACAAGGCAUCGUUGUAGCCGGUGGUCAAGGACAAGGAAAUAGUCUUACACAAUUGUAUGUUCCUCUAGGAGUCUUUGUUGAUCAAUGGGGUACUGUCUAUGUGGCUGAUCAAGGGAAUGAUCGCAUUAUACGUUGGCCAAAAGGAGUCACACAGGGAACUGUCAUCGCUGGUGGAAACGGUAGAGGAGUGCACCCGAAUCAAUUCAAAAAUCCCAUUGGUUUAUCAUUCGAUCGUCAUGGCAAUCUCUAUGUUACCGAUGAAAACAAUCGUGUCCAACGUUUUUCUAUACUAUGA